AUGAUGAUCUUCAUCAGCUGGUACUGCAAGAACAUCAACAGAGCUGAAGCAGAACAUUUGCUUAGACAAGAGGGGAAGGACGGAGGGUUUGUGGUCAGGAGCUCCAGUCAGCCCAGCAGCUACACCGUCUCUGUUUACACACACAGUUCAGUUAAAGGGGAGGUGAGGCACUACCAGAUCAAGCAGACAGACGUGGCUCAGUUCUUCUUAGCAGAGAAUCACGUGUUCGGCUCUAUUCCUGAACUCAUCAACUACCACAGACACAACGCAGCAGGGCUGGUUUCCAGAUUGCGAUAUCCCAUCGGCCCCAUGGGCACAUGUCUGCCGGCCACAGCGGGAUAUAAAUGGGAGAUCAACCCGUCGGAGCUGACCUUCAUGAAGGAGCUGGGCAGUGGUCAGUUUGGAGUGGUGCGACUGGGCAAAUGGAGAGCGCAGCAUAAAGUGGCCAUUAAAACCAUCAAUGAAGGAGCCAUGAGUGAAGAUGAUUUCAUAGAGGAAGCCAAGAUCAUGACGUAA